CGUAUGGUAAAUGGUAAACGAAAUUGAAAACUACAUCAUAUACGAAAUUGAAAACUACAUCAUAUACGAAAUUGAAAACUACAUCCACCUUUCUCUUGUGGUAGUCUAUACUUUAAAUGGUAAAAGAAAUGGAAAACUGCAUCAUAUAUACCUAAACCCAGAUAUGGCUGGUAGACUUUAAAUCAUAUAAUGCUUAAUCGUUAUAGUGAUUACUAUAAGAACUACAAAAGGACUUUCCCCAUAUGCUUUAAAACUUCAAGUUCACGUCCUUGUAUCUUAAUUAAUAAAGGUUAAAAGUUACGUAAUAAUCCCAUCAUCCGCCCCUUCCUGUAUAUAUAUAGUCCCUGGCUAGAUCUCUCUCUCCUCUUUCAAUCUAUAAUAAUAUAUUUCUUCUAACCACAUGAAUUCUUUUAUCACGUUUGCUCUUCUCUCUCUUCUUCUGGCACUAAACUCAAACCCGUCGUAUGCCUCCGGGCGCAACCACACAGACGAUACAAACGCGUGUAGGGUGACGCGAUACAGCAGGUACAUUAAAAACGCGUGCAGCGUAACGCAAAACCAACAGCUAUGCUUUCGAACGCUAUGGCCGUUUGCAAUCGUCGCUAAAAACAACUCGAGCAAGUGGGCCCGAGCUAGCGUCGCGGUGACCAUAACGGACACGAAACAGAUCCUAAGACUCUUGCUGAAAACGCGGAGUUCGGCGGUUGGGAAACGCGAGAGAGUCGCGUUAUCGGAUUGUCGAGAGCUAUUCGUGGACUCCCUUGGCAAUCUCUACAAGUCACUCGCCCUUCUCCGGAAACUGGACGCCGACGAGUUUCAGCAGCAGAUGAGCGAUCUCGCCACGUGGUUAAGCUCUGCACUCACGGAUGAGGACACGUGUCUAGAUGGGUUUGAGGAGACGUCGAUUAGAUCGUCGACGGUGAGAAUGAUUCGGAGGAGAGCGACAAGGUGUAUGCAGUUAUGCAGCAACGCUCUGGCGAUACUGAGCAAGCUUGCUUAUGAUGGCUUGUAGUCUACGCUAUGGGCUUUAUCUUUUUUUUUUUUUUGAAUGAAUACGCUAUGCGCUUAUUAUUGUGAUAACAACAUAUUAUUAUUACACACGAUGAAUUAUACUACAUUUAAGCAAAUUAUCAUGGAUUAAUGAUUUCAUAGUAUUUACUCCGUUUUUCUGGUCUCCUCUUUCUCUAUUUAUCGAAUUUUGUUUUUUA